ACAAAAAAAAAAAAAAAGUAAGCUUCUCUUCAAACAAAUAAAAAUGGUUCUUCUUCAUCUCACUCCAAUUCCGUCAACUGUUUGUUGUCAAUUGAUAUCUUCUCCAUCAACUCCUCCCACUGCUUUUUCCAGGGUGCAUAAGAAGUCAGUUAACCUACAAACAAAACUUUUCACCAGCCUACACAUUCAAGGACCCAAUGUUCUUAAACAAAGAGGUGGAAUGGCUCUUAAGGCAUCAUCAGACAUAGAUGGUGCAGAGCCAGAGAGCACCAAACCUUUAGAAACCAAGGAUGAAAGUGUUCCUGUUGAAGAGCUCCCAUUGGAGUCGAAACUUCAACUGAAAUUGGACCAAAAGUUAAAAAUGAAGCUAGCGAAAAAGCUCAGACUAAGAAGGAAGAGGCUCGUCCGGAAGCGCCAGUUGAGGAAGAAGGGCCGAUGGCCACCUUCAAAGAUGAAAAAGAACAAAAAUGUAUAGCCUCUGAGGAAUGCGUUUUACAUUUCAAGAAUGUUGUUUAUCUUUUGGUCGCUGCAUUUAGCUUGUUGUAUUUUUAUUCUUCUGAGUUGAUGAAUUGUCUACUUAUACUGGUGACCGAUUCCCUGAAAGAUGGAAAUGUAGCUGUAUUUUGGUACUUGAUUGGAAAA